CGUGACACGUUGACGCGCCGUGCAGAACGUCACGGAUCCAGCAAUUGUGUGUUGCAUCUGCUGACGAAUCUUUUCGAGUGUUUUCAGCUGAAUUUGCUGCUUUUCUGUCCGUUAGUCCGGGUUCAGUUGCAGCAGACCGGUCGAACAACAGCUCAGAUCCGGCAGAAGGUUUUCAGAAAGACGACUAAACCCCGAUGCGGGAGAAUGAAUAUCGGUUCUAAGAAUAAGAAGCGGGUGGUGCUGCCCAGCCGUCCAGACCCCCCCACUGUGGACCAGAUCCUGGAGGACAUCAACAGAGCCGCUCCCAAUGACCCGGUCUUCAGCAUCCUGGAGCAGACUGGACAAGACUCAUCCCGGUCUUCGGACUCUGAUGUGGACUUGAAGUUCCAGCAGUGUCGUCAGUACCUGGAUCUGAACGAGCGGCUGCAGGAGUCUCGAAGUCGGCUGCUGCGACAGAGGGAGGAGCUGAGGGCAGCAGGGGAGCAGCUGGACAGAGAUGUGGCAAAGGUCAAAGGUCAACCACUCUAACUCUACCUGCUGUCACCGACUCUUCUUGGCUGUCAAGGAGACUUUUAUACUGACGGCCUCAGUCAGGGCUGGAUCAGCUGGAUCAGGACUAGCCAGCUGAAGUGGCCUUCAGUGCUGUCUGUCAUCUGACCCCAGAACUGGUGUGUGUGUCUGUCUGUGUGUGUUUGUGUCUGUGUGUGUGUGCGUGCAUGCGUGCGUGCGUGAGGUUACUAUGAAGAUGUACAGGUACCAAGUAAAGCAAAAAUUUCUGACCACAAAGUGCUGCCUAAACUUUGAUGUUUAUGUUGGGGGGGUGAUGAUGUUGUUCAGAAAUAUUUUACAGCAACAAAUCUUCAUUCUUCGACAAUUUACAUUUGUUUCUUUUCAAAAGUGAAAGGAACACUUCUCUUUAGUUGCCACUCACGCACCUCCUCCCUGCUUCAUCUCUUACAGCAGCAGAAACUGUGUUAGUCUGUGCAGUUAUAUAAAAGAAAUGAAUCAUAGAAAUGUCAGUGUUUGUCACCUCGGGCUAAUCGGCCUUGGGCUGAAUUUCUGUCCAGUGGUCGUUUGACUUGAGGUCACAACAAAAGCUGACACAAAAUAAAUCCUGGGCCGUGGCACCCACUUUCCAACACUGGCUCAAACAAUUGUUUUCUUGUCAUUUAAUAAAGUGAAGGUUGAUCACUCAGUACCUGAAUGCAGUAUAAAGCUUGUCAGGUGUUGAAAUGUCUUCAGACUUGAUGUGAGGCACAGUUUUGUCCCAAUGCUCAAAGCAAUGCAACUUGAGAAAACAAAAGUGGUGAAAAUUUUAAAAAUAAAGUGACACUUAAAACUGAUAUUAGGUAUUUUUCAAGAAGGCUAAAACACAUUUUUCUGCUGACCCCAUCCACAGCAGCACAUCACUGAGCUCCUGCUGCUUCUGUAAACUGAAUCUACUGCAGGUAAUACACUGACUAUAGAUUAGUACGUCGAAUAACCUGAACUAUCACUUUAAGUUGCAGUGCGUUGAGCUCUCAGGUCCACUGUACCAAAGAAGGCUACAUACUGACUGCACACGGACACAGUAACUUUCUAAAAGUAAAAAAUUACAUGGAUGUAUUGUUGCCUCAGCUGUAUCACAGCUUAGCAUUGACCCUAUAGGUAAAUGUUUUAAAAAUCACUGUUUUAAGACUGGACACAUCUCUACAUUCACAGUCACUGUCAAUGGAUAAGAAAAAAUAAAAAGUCACAUCACUGUA